GGCUGGAGGCGGAGGAUGAAGGUGGGAAGAGAAAGGACACUUAAUUGCACAGCCAUUUCCAGCGACAUUUUACUUCUAAUGCCUGCAGCUGGUUUGUUCAUCUCAGAACUGUGCAGGGAUUUGGUAAUAACUACAGGCAACUAAACCAGCAGAAUUGCUGUUGAACAUUCCUGAGAGAGAGAGAACAGUCUGAAAAGCUUGAGUGCCUCUGAGCAGCUUAAGAAUGACGGAGAGCAACCCUCCUCCGGCUAACCUCAACACAGAUGCAGCCAACACUGGGCCUACCACACCACGCAAGGGGCCUCCAAAAUUCAAGCAAAGGCAAACAAGACAAUUCAAAAGCAAGCCCCCAAAGAAAGGAGUAAAAGGCUUUGGAGAUGAUAUCCCAGGAAUGGAAGGGCUUGGAACAGAUAUCACUGUGAUUUGUCCCUGGGAAGCAUUUAGCCACCUGGAGCUUCAUGAGUUGGCGCAGUUUGGAAUUAUCUAAGCACCCCCAAUUUUUGCUUGUGUAUUUAGUGACAUUGGGAGUUCUGGAACAGUUCUUGUCACCCAUAACACUUAUUCCUAUCGUCCAUCCAGAAUGUUGGCAUCAUACAGAAACAGAUUUCUUUAUGAGUCAGUUAUGACCAACUGUCGUUUUGAUUUACCUUUGCAAGAAUUAGGAAAUGCUGCUAAAAUAACCAAUUGGUUCAUCAGUUAAGAACUUGGAAAACAUCAGGAUAUUCUUCAUGUAAAAUAGUAUGAGCUCUUUCUCCCUAAAAUAAUCCAUGUAUGGCACGUCUCCAUUUGUGAUCCUAUAUUUCUUUUGUAUAUAUUAAAAAAUCUUGCCCAUAAUUCUCCAUCUUGUGAAUGUGUGUGCCUAUGCAGGCAAUCCUGGAUUUUUCUGCAGUUUAAUCCAGUCUUAAACCCCACACUAAUCGCUGUAUGCAAAUAGCCACAAGAGCUAAGGUAACUAAUAGCUUAUAACAAACAAACCAAAAAGAAACAUCUUAAAGGUUGCAAAAAUAUCCCAUUAUGCCAGAAAAAUACUUGGGAACCUGUUGUAUUCUGUGGGCAGGAAAUAUCACUAGAGGCAACAUGUUUCUAGCCAUAACUUUUCAUUUUUCUUGGGUCACGUUUUAAUAAAGUUAAUUGCAAGAAAUUAGCUUUAGUCUUGAAGACAUUAAGAACACUUUUAUUUCACAUCAGCUGGGCAUUGCAAAGACUCCCAAAUGAAAGUCUGGUUUGAUUAUUAACUCUAUAUAGCCCCAGUUGUGGCUUUCAUUGCUGGAAUGAAUGGUAGUUAAGAAAAUAUGGGCACUCCCUACAGUAAGUCUGGAUAUCUUAUAUAUGUUUACUUGGAAAUAAGUAACCAUGAGUACAGUGGGACUUACUUCAGAGUAGUCAUACAUGAGAUAGCAUUUUAACUUUCUUGGAAACAACAAGUAGACUGUUCCUCUGUUAUAAUAAUAAUAAUCUUUAUUUUUAUCCUGCUCUAUCUCCCCGAGGGGACUCAAGGUGGUUUACAAUAAAAAUGGGCAAAAAUUCAAUGCAAACGAACAUAACAAAACAGAUCAAAUCAUAAACAAAUCAUCAACUGAGCUCUUCAGUUGCUGGAUUAGAUGGGUUUUCAUUUUAAAACAGAUACGUUUUUAUUUAUUAAUAUUGCUGCAUCUUGUUUUCAACAUAUCCUGUAACUAAACUCUGAAAGCUGCUUUGCAGACUGCAUGUUCUCUACAUGUAUACACUUGAUUUUAAAGGGAAACUAUAUACCCAUCAAGUUUGAAGAUCAUGUGAGUAUCUACUUUGCCACAUGUAUAUGAUAGAAGAUAGAAACAUGAUUGGUUUGCACAAGAUAAAUUGUAUGUGUUCUUCUAUGCCUCCUUAUGCCUAUGUAUAUGUCGAAAUCAGGGGAAAAAAUCUUGUGUGAAGUAGCCACAGUAUCAGCAAAGAGACUCACAUGACUGGAAGAAUGUUUGUGGGAAGGAAGUACUUUAAUUCCUUUUUGUUGUUCUCACAUCCCGCCCUGGACUUAGUCCCUGACAGCCCAAGAUGAUGAAUAACAUUGGUUGGAAUGGCUGUGGAAAGCUCUAGGAGAAAUCCUUCCUUUAUCUGGGAAAUAAAUCCUUCCUUUGUUUGCCAUUUGAUAUUAAGAUGGGGAGUUGUUAUCUUACAAACAUUUGUAAGGGCACAUCUACACUGGGCACAUCUACACUGACCACUUAGGUUGAUGUGAAACUGGCAAAGGAGGAAGCAGUUUCAGCAGAGGGGUAAUAGCACAGGAAGCCUUGGAACUGGGUUGAGGCCUGGAUUAUUUUUAUAUGCCACCGCAGAGAUUGGCUUCAAUCUGAUUCCAGGAUAUCCAGUAUUCACGACUUCACUGCCAUAGAGGAUUUAUUUCUUCCAGCUCUCCUUGCACCAGUACACAUAUGUGGUUCAACAAAGCACCUGUUCCAUAAUCGGUUUUGCUAUGUGAUUUACACUUAGGCUUUAUUUCCGAGUAUCCCUCAACUUUACUGAUCCUUUUUUAAACCCCUUAAUGCCUUGAUAUUGCGCUAUCAAGGUGUUUUCAAACUGCAUUAAAUGGCCAGUGUAGAUGUGCCCCCUGUGAGUCCUACUUACUAUAUCCUACUACUUCAGAUGUCUGACUUACACUUGAUGCACAGAGAAGUAGUCUGCAUUAUUGCUGUUAGGCAUCAGCUUCUGUAUAGCACACCUAUCAAAUAAAAUACAAUAAUAUGUCAAGUCUGGAAGUAAAAAUGUUACGCUUCACCUCUUCAGGCUAAAGUGAAAAUCAGCAAGUCAGCUUUAGUCCUGCUUUCAGUGCUAUAAGCCAGAUGCUGACUAUAGCAAUAGGAAAGAAAAUUACACAGCGCUUAGUAUGCUAAAGCAAACAAAAAAAGGAAUUGUUCCACAAUCAUUACUCUUAAUAAAGUGUGCACAACAUUUUCAUGCACUAUUGCUCCUAAUUUACUCAGCUUUUUCGUUAAAGAACAGCUUAUGCUGUUUCUUCUUGAGAUCCUUCCUGACUGUACUUUUACUUAGAUUUAAAAUGGACUUUUAUUUCAUUAUCUUCAGUUGUGUUUUUCCUGGUUUUUUCCCUUCUUUGAUUCUGCUUUCUCUGAAAUUCUGUUUUAUAUGCCCUUGUUCUCUAUUUUGCAUUGAUGGACAGAUUUUCAAAAUUAAUGUACUUUGCAUCAUAGCUGAGGGAGUAUGUCUGAUUUUUGCUAUCAGUCAACAAAGAAACAGAAUGUUUGCUUCAAUAAAAAAACUUCACUCUCUGUAAACAAUAUUGAACAACAUAUUAAAACAAUGAGUAUUAAGAUAGGACCUAACUUUUUAUAAUGUUUUCCAUGUAAUAAUGUCCAGAUUUCUUUCCUUGGUCUGCAUGCCCCCUUUGUGGAUGCUCCCCCUUAACAGAUUUUAUUAUUUCUGACUUGUGUAACCUGUGCCUGCUGAUCACUUCCCCUCAUGUACAGAUUUGAGUUUGUCUACACUAGGACCAGCAAGUAGAGAAUUAGUAUAUAUGACUGGUACAAGAAAUAUCAGUAAAGUAUAGAAUGGAUACUUAAUAUAUUGCCAAGAGUGAGAAUAUCUGUCAGUCAUCAACAGGGGAAUAGACUCUUGUUAAUCACAGUGGCUGCUGCCCAGUAAAGGGAGAUUGAGGUGGGAUGCACUAACACUGUAUACAUCCCCAAUAGAUUUCAACUGAUUAUUAUAACUGAAAGAUAAAGAAAACCCAUCUCACUAUAGUGGGCAAAACUGACCAGCAGACCCAUACAUCUCCUUGUGCAGGAAGAUGUAUAUAUUCCUUCAAUUAUUGCUAAAGGUUGUUAGCACCAUACCUUUAAUUCAUUUUUAUUCCAACAAUUAAGGAAAAGUGUCUUUUUUUAAAGAUUACUACCAUGUGAUUAAUCAUAUUCUGCAGGGAGGGAUAUGCUUCUUUUAUGUAUGUUUUGUUCGUGAAUCCAUGCUCCCUGCAGUUUGAACAAUAGCACUGGGAAACUGCUAUUUUGAAAACAAGCUCUAUAUUUAAUAUUCUGUCAAAAUGUCAUAGUACAUAUCCUCCAUCCUAGAUAUAUCCUUAUCCAUUUACUAUAAAAUGCAAAAAUGAAAUAAAACAUCGUUUAAAAUA